CCGCGCUCUCUCCUCACUCUGCGCUCGCGCUGUGCCACGGAACCUCUCCAAUAACCGGCGCGAAUCGACGGCGGGCGCCGUUUUCAGUCGAUUAAUCGGCACGAACAUGGUCGAUUAAGUGCUGAAAAAAACGACUACAGGACUUUUAUCGCUGCGAUCUGUGGGCUCUUUGAGUUGGGCUCGAAAUGGACCCCCUCUACACGUCCACGGAGGCUUCGGCGGGGAACUGGAGCACGCCCGAGCCGAACGGGACGGACGGGUACUGGAACCAGUUCGUGCAGCCCCCGUGGCGCAUCGCGCUCUGGGCUGUAGCCUACUCGGCUAUAGUGCUGGUUUCCGUGGUGGGCAACGUGACCGUGGUGUGGAUCAUCCUGGCGCACAGGCGCAUGAGGACCGUCACCAACUUCUUCCUCGUGAACCUGGCGUUCGCUGAGGCCAGCAUGUCUGCGUUCAACACGGUGGUCAACUUCGUGUACGCGGCGCACAACGAGUGGUACUUCGGCCUCGUCUACUGCCGUUUUCACAACUUCUUCCCCAUCGCCGCCGUCUUCGCCAGCAUCUGCUCCAUGACGGCCAUAGCCGUGGACAGGUACAUGGCCAUAAUCCACCCACUGAAGCAGCGGCUGUCAUCCACUCAGACCAAGGUGAUCAUUGGGGUGAUCUGGGUGUUAGCCUUCCUGCUGGCCUUCCCGCAGUACUACUACUCUGACACUGAUGAGCUGCCUGGCCGCAUUGUCUGCUACAUCGACUGGCCUGAGUAUGACGUCAUGAACUUCAAAACAAUUUAUUAUGUAUGUGUGGUCAUUCUGAUCUACUUUCUGCCACUGUUGGUGAUGGGCUGGGCAUACCUGGUGGUGGGACUGAACCUGUGGGCCGGUGAAAUCCCCGGAGACUCGUCUGGACGUUACCAGGAGCAACUCACCGCUAAGCGAAAGGUGGUGAAGAUGAUGAUUGUAGUGGUGUGCACGUUUGCCUUCUGCUGGCUGCCGUACCACGUCUACUUCCUCCUCCACCAGUUCUUUCCUUUGCUCUUUGAGAGACCCUUCAUCCAGCAGGUGUACCUGGCUGUCAUGUGGCUCGCAAUGAGCUCCACCAUGUACAACCCAAUCAUCUACUGCUGCCUCAAUGACAGGUUUCGUGCUGGGUUCAAACAAGCUUUCCGCUGGUGCCCGUGUGUGACCGCCAGCUCGUAUGAAGGCCUGGAGCUGAAAUCCACUCGCUAUCUGCAGACCCAGACCAGUGUGUACAAGGCCAGCCGCAUGGAGACCACUGUCUCAGCUGUGCUGCCCUCAGCCGAGGAUGCCGCCAAGGUCGGUGCCAAGCGGGGCUCACCUGUCCACAGCCCUUCAAUGGAAGUGACAUCUAACGGCUCUUCGUCCAGAAGCAUGUCCAAGACCGUGUCGGAAACCUCCAGCUUCUACUCCAGUAAUAACCUCCCAGUCUAGAGGAACAUGAAGGAGGAGUACUACGUAAACGUGUAUCGGUAGAAUUAUUGGAUCUAUUCAUCUCUAUGAACCUGUCAUCUCUGUAUGAUCUCUGUUAUGGACCAUUUUGAUCAGACAUUUCAUGUUUGUGUGGUUUUUGUCUGGUUCCCAUGAGGCUCAUAUCCUUCACCAUUCUCUGAAAGCCUUAUUCAGCCACAUAUGAGGAGACUGACCACUUUUUCUUCACCCCAGUAACUAUCCAGCCUUGAAGCCAGUGACCACAGGAGUCCCAUCAGUACCAGACGUGACCAGAGAUCUUGAUGGAGCGAGCCAGCACCAUGAGCAUUGUACAGACACAGAUGUGGUCAAGAAGAGAGAUGAGAAGAGCCGGCCACAGUGUAUUACAGUUUACAUUUACACGCAUGUGACAUUGAGGAAUGUGUAGCCCAUGCAAAACCUAAACACACAGCCUCUCCCCUUAGUGUGAUUGUGUGUGAAUGUGUUUCUUCAGUAGCUCAGCAUGAGGCAGCGUUGUAAUGUCAAGGUUCAGCAGGACACCCAUCAUAAAAUAGGUUACUGCAUAGCAUUUUUUAUGCCAUUUAAAACACGAUUGCUUUUCACAUUUCAAGAAAUUACGCAGUGAAACAUUAACUUUUAGGGCUGAAGUUUUUACUUUUAUUUUGCUGUAUUGUUCAAAUACUCAUAUUCAUAUUCAAUAACAUACUAAGGUACGCAAUUACUUACAUUUACAUUCUAUUUAAAUUCUGUACAGGUCUGAGCUGCACUUCCAACUUUUUUAUCAAAUAUCUCUCAUUCAGCUUACUAACACACAUGUAGUAUGGACGUCUGCACCUUCCAGAGAAGUAUUAUGCUUGUUUCAAUGAACUACAAGUGAAUAAUAUUUAAUACCGAAUUUAUGCUUUCUGAUUUCUAGCCCAAUUUAAUCAUAUCCAAUUCUGCACCCUAUCCAAAUCUAAUCCCCACAUGAUGCCACUAAGCUGGGAGGAUGAAAGCUAGCAUGAGCUUCCUCUGAAAUACAUGAAGUGCCAUCACAUCUUUUCAAAUUGCCGCUAACGCAAACUUUGGACAGCUCAAUGUGCUUAAAGGAGAAAGCUAACUGUUCAUUCUGUUAAGUCAGAUAACAGAAGUCUGCAUUGGCUAGCAUGACCCUGAGUGAUGGAGGGUGAAGGAGGACCAUCCAGCCCAACCAGAGAGACCAAGGACAGUUAUGCUCUCUUGGACUGCCAGUAACGGAUGGCUGUUCCAUCGCUGGUGAUCAAACCCAUGAUGGCUGCUUGUGGUUGAACUGCAUAAACAGAUGUUAAAGGCAUUUUUUCCUUCUUCUAAGUUACCACUUUGGAGAUGCGAGGUCUUCUGACAGCAAUGACCAAAAUGUGAAGUACAGUAUGGACAUGUAGCAAAAUGAAAUCAUAAUCAGCUCCCCCAGUUUUGCUGAUUUGCCUUAAUAUGGCCUGCAUGGUGCACACAACUGAUCAUAUCUGGUUCACUGAAGUGAAAUCAUGAUCCAUUGGAGGAGAUAAAACUAAAGGUUUCUCAGGUCAACUCUGUGAAGUCUGGACCAAGUCCGUCAGGAACGGACCAAUGUUAUGCAAGGUUGAUUCUAUACUAAUGGCUCUGGACUGCAGAAGAGUAACGACAAUCUUAAAAAAAUAAGUUUUCCGAAAAGGCUCUUUAGAGCAAUGUGAUAGAACAGGGGCUUCAAGUUCUCUUUCCAAUCAAGCAAAAGCACACCUUCUUCUUCUUUAAUCAGCCGAUCUCAGUUUUCAAACAGCUCAUCACGUACGCGCUGGCUUGUUGGAACAAAAACUUGCCAGCACAUCAAUUCUUUGCGCAUAAUAUUGGACAUCCCUACCAUAGAAGAACCAUCCAUUGUUCCCUAAUGAACCUAUUCCAUUACCAAAAAACAUUACUGAAAUGUUCUUUUGGGAUCCAAAGGUGGAAUUUCUGUGGCAUCACUCCAAAAAGCAAUUUUGCAAUCUUUCUUUUCAUGAGAUUGGGCCAGAUGCAGCAUAUUCAGAGACCUAGGAUGGAAGGAUAUUCAGUGAGUUUUCAAGUUGUGCCUGGAAAGUUAAACUGUGAUUAAAGGUUUGGAGGCCUAGCAGGGUUCCGGGGCCAAACUGCGAUCAUGAACUUCUUUGGCUCAAAAGCACUAAUAGCUCAUAUAUACAAUGAGCCAAGGCUUGUGACUUUGGCUCCUGUUUUUGUUUUUGAUUUUCGUCCCUCCAAUUUUGGGAAUAGCUGUCACUGUCUGUCUGACUCUGUUUGUGUUUUAAACUCAAGCCCCCCUCCCUGCUCUCCCCUGAACAUCCGCCCAUUCUUGGAGCGAGCAUUCACACACAAGCCUCCCACUGACAAAUUUAGCUCCAGAGUCAGCCGACCCCCCCUGCUGAGUUUGUUUUGGUCCCCUGUAGUGAGGAUGGUUUGAUAGUAGUUGAGGCGUCGAGGGUGUAGCAAUGAUAGACAAAGCAUUGAGGGAGGGCUGUUUAAAGAGGGAGGGAUGCAGCACCUGUUGCUUUAGUUUAUGGACUCUGGUAUGUGACAGUGGUGUCAGUUUUCUAGCUUGGCAGAGUUCCUACGGUUCUAAGAGAUCACACUGUUCUAGGCCACUGGAGGCAUGCUGGCCCACUGGACACUAUCCACACGUAAUGACCAUGUCAUGAGUUAUGCUAUUCUAUGUAACCAGUGCGUGUGUAUGUGUGGAUGUAUAUGGUACCAUUCAAUUGUUUGGAAUCAGUGUUUUCAAUUGUUUAAAAAAUAUUUGGUAACAGAUACAUGUAGGCCAGUCCUAGUCAGCAGCAUAGCAACCAUGAGACACCUGAAUAUUUUGAGAUAAACAGUCAUACAGUAUGAUAUUUUCAGAAUAAAGACGUCUUAAAGAGGCCCGAAUGCAUUAUGGCAGCUCCCCAACAAAUAGCAUACUUUAUCCUCAAGUUUACUCUUGUAACUUUACGAAUUUAUAUAUUAUCAAAAUAUUACAAAUUUAUUAUAAAAAAUCCUAAAUUAUUCUCUAAAUAAAAUGACUAUUCUCAAAGUCUAUUAUUUUUAUUUUUACUUUUUUAAAGUGGCACCAAAACGCCAUCCUACUUACCUGUCCAAAGAAGAAAGCAUAGGAAGACUACUGCAGCCGGCUAAAGGCUACCACACACCAGACGGGAAGCUCCGUGCUGUGCUGGCAGAGAGUCUUAGAACAAAGGAAGCGUGUCUGGUCACUAUCUAACAUGUCCAGUGUGUGGUGGCCUGUAGCCCUUAGAGUCCUACACUCUUUGUUGGUGGUGGGUGUUAUUCAGAUAUUAUUGUAAAUGUAGGCUAUGCAGGUUACUGUAGGUAUCUUUACUUGAUUGGUUUGCAUAGAUGUGUAUAUAUAGGUACCUUUAUAUGGGGGUGGCAGUUGCACACCAAGGCCAAUAGAAGCAGCGUAUUUCUCCUUAAGGCUGUGGUUUUGCUGCAUGCAUUUGUUAGCUGCAGCAUCCAGGUUCAUUCUGGUGGUCUCCUGACAGUGCAGUUGUUUGACUUGAUUGAGGGGUUGUCCCAUGGUGGUACACAAACACAUUGUAAAUCUCACUGUACCUGAAACAGUCACUCUGAUGCAAAGUCUGAGCAAGUUUGACCAAAUUUGACCACCCUAAUGAUCCAGUGAAUGUUAUUUCUUGGUGUUCUUCCUGCAAUCCAGAAAAGACAAAAGGAAGACUCUAUAGGCCGUUUUCUGCUGCCAGAACUUUUUCAGGAACUCAGAACUUUUCAUUAACAGAACCAGGGCUGAUUUCCAAGUAGUUUCAGGAACCUUAUUCUAGACUUUUCCACAGUCCAGGAUUUCAGAGCAUGCAUGGAAUUUCACCAGUUGGUCAAAUGAAAACAUCACAGAUGACUUAAAACUGAUGACCACCAUUUUGAAAAUACAAUGUUUUGGAAUUAUCAUGAGGCAAAUUGUGUAGCUCAUUAGUAUAAGUGGUCAAAAUGGACAAAUGGACCAAUCUAGAGCUUGAAGCCCUUCUCAGCAUGACCUUCAAACAUUUCAGCAUUACAAACUCAAUCUAAAAAGUCCUCUAUUGAGCUUCUGUGGCGCUACCAUGGCUUCCGUAGUGUGAAAUGACACAUCAGAGGAAAUUAAAACACCUAAUUUACAUAAUAAUUCAUGGUUCAAGCAGCAGUGGAAAAGAUAAGGAACUCUCCCUCUGCAACUGUCUAAUCUUCAGCCUGAACUAGAUAAGUGACUAGAUAAGGCCCUCCAGAAAACUUGGUCUGGCCUCGUAACUUUUCUACAACAACGUCAAAUGAAUGCAGGACCGAGGUUCUGUGCAGAACUUUCAAGUCAAAAAUACUUGAUUGUUUUUCAGGCAUCAGAACAUAAAGAAGGCCUGUACAAAGUAAAAAAAAAUUGCUAAUAUUGGUCAUCUUACCAACCUGCUUCUUUUUGAACUUUCAGCAGUGUUUUUCCCCAAAAAAAGACAUCAAAAAUUCCCCAAAAGCUACUGGAUACUAUAUUUUCAGGCAGCUUGAAGACGAUGCUAGUCUUCUCAUAUGGCAUUCUUUGAUUUUAUGACGUUCUGCUUUUUUGUUAAGCAAUCUUUAAUAAACAUGCUUCACUAGCAUCUAGAUAUUUCUCUUUGGGCACUUUUUCAUUUCUGAAUUUUAGGCCAUUUGUUCUUAGUUUUUUCAUGCUAGGAAACUUUAGUGUUUGUGCGAAAGGCCUCAAGUCUUUGAAGAUGCAAGCCAGCUGCCUUCCUCCAACAACUCUACCAUGGAGAUAUAGACCUUCCAGAAAAAUACAUCACCACACCACACUUAAGUUGUGGUCAAUCUGUAAUGAGGCUGUUUUCACCUUCUAGCUCCGUUGGAUAACAUGACGUUCCUUCAGCCACGCCAAACCAUUCUGAUGAGCAUCAAUCAGUCAUGGACAAAAUUACCAUAAACUCUGGUCCAUCUGGGUGUAGAAAAUGGGAUUCCUCAUCAAUGUGUUCUUGACUUGUAUCGCUGACCCUUAGCAUGGAAGAUACUGAGUGGACCAUAAUAGCACUAUUAGCGCUAUGUCUCAACCAUUUAAUGCUGCUUUGCUGCAGAGCUAGCCGCUGCUGCAUUAAAUAUCUAUUGAUUGGUGCACCAGUGGGAUUAACCUGCUCAUUAUGGUUGGACUUUUCAUGAUUUCAAAAUCAUUGAUGGCUUUUGGCCAGUUCUCAUAAAACUUGCCCUGAUGCUAAAACAGUAUUUCAGAAUAAAUGCGCUGAGAUGUUGGCAUUAUUCACCUUUUAAGCCAAGGGUGCUCAGACCUUAUCCUGGAGAUCUACCACUGUGGAGAGUUCAGGUCCUCCACACCUGACUCUAAAGCCUAAUCUCAUUUCACCCCUUGCCCCUACCACUUAGCCCUUAGGCCUCGUUCCUAGCAGUAGGGUGUCCCAAUUCUUGUUGAGACAGAGGGGUAGGGAGAAGUGUUAGGGCUACAUGACCCUCCAAAAGGAGGUUUUUCAGAGGCACACUCCAAACAGAGUGUUAUGAGAAAAAAAUCAAAAUCGGCAAGAUUGCUGCACAAGCGUAUUCAAAGUGGGUGAUAAUAAAUAAUUGCCCCCCUCUUUGAAGGCAAAUGAUUCCCUAUAUGUAAUCAGUGAGGAGCUGAACUUCACCCUCUUCUGCUAUCACUGCAGAUGGGCAGAUCGCCUAUUGCUAGUGCUAGUAGCCUGUUAAUGAAGUAAUGUUAUUUUUCAUUCGAGGGUCCCAUUUUGUAGGGGAAGAUUUAAGCCACUGCCCCUGUAACUCAGUUCCAAGGGACAAGGUGACACUCGAAAACAAGGGGUAGAGAUAAAAAUAAGAAAUGGGAUUGGGCCUAAUUGAUGGAUGCUCCUCAAGGCCUUCAUUAACUGGAUCAAACUCUGCAGGGUGGUAGAUCUUCAGGACCAGGAUUGGGCACCCCUGUUUAAGACUCUGGUAAAUGCAUUAGAUGUAAAAAUGGACUCUGAUCUUAAAACAGGAUUCUUACAGAGCUGGGUCAUGUGAAAUGAAUUUGAGAGGAAGUGUACUAGCUAGGGAGUAUUUUCAGGAAAAUGUUGUGUUUUCUGGCCCAUGUCGCUUGAGGCUUUUUCCUGUCACUGUGGUUUGUGAUCAGUGUACAUUGUUUGACGGUUUCCCCACCGCUGGCUUCAGAGUUGGCCAAUGACUCACGUUAUCAUUGAUGUUUCUAUAGCUUUUUGGGGGGUCUUUGCUUCCAGCUUAAUUAAAAAAAAAGCUUUGCCAUUUUCUGGAGCUAACUGCAUGGUGCCCGCAACUUCAAAGUGAGCUAGCGCAAAGAUUGAAGACCGUGUGGUAAUCACAGAGACGGCCCACUGUUUACUAACAAUCUGAAAACAGUCAGGGGCGCCCUGCAUGCCUCAGGAGAUAGGAAUAAACUUGCACACACCACAAAGAGAUAUUUAGGCUCUAUGUUUUAUCUUUCAUCUUUCUUGUCAGCCAUGUAAUCGACACUUGUUUGUGUGUACUGACAGCAUUUGCCCAGAGAGCCUAGUGCAGCUUUAGACACAUUCCUUUCAGAAGAUCUCCGAAAAUAGGCACGCUUGCUACAAGCACACUUUAACAUUCCCACAUCACUUGCCUGCACACAUAUGUGCAGAUUUGCUAAUGUUUUGCACCAUCAUUUAAAAAGUGACUUAAAAAGUGGCAGCUGCACUUCUCUACAUAGGUGUAAUGGUCUUUAGAGCCCAUAAUAAGAUCAGAGGGGUGGCCUCUCCUCGUUGCA